UGCGCAUGCGCUGCGCAUACUCUGCUUUCUACGAAGUUUCUGGGGCGCAACGCAAAAUAUUGAUUACAUUUUGAGCAAUCUGAGACUCCCCCUAGCUGCUGAGAGAGUGAUCUGCUGUGAAGAUGUCUGUGUCCUCGCUCUACCUCAAACAAGACAACAUGGUGCGCUUCAAGAGGAGAAAAGCACGUUUCUCCUUCAGUGAAGUGCACAUCCUGCUGGACGAAGUGCGGAAGAACCGACACAUUGUUGUGGGUAAGUUUAACGCCGGCAUUCCCUCUGACGUGAAGCGCAGGAAAUGGGCCGAGAUCACAGCACGUGUGAAUGAGAUCGGAGAGUGCGACAGAGAAAUAAUGGAGGUCAUCAAGAAAUGGUCUGACCUUAAAUGUGACACGAAGCGCAAACUUGCUGCCCAGCAGACAGGUACGAUGGUGUCUCAGCGACUGGCACGGUCCAAUAUUGAACUGUCCCCCAUGGAAGUCAUUGUGGAGUCCAUCCUGGAACUGGACAAGAAACCGUGGGAAGCGACACAGCGGUCCAGAUCUCGCAGUCACGAUGAUCAGGAGCCCGUGUGUGAGGAUGAGGAAGAGGAGGAUGGUGGUUUUGUGGGAAUGGGGUCCGUCAACAGUUCUCCAGGCAGAGGAAUGGAGGUGGGAGGAAUGCCUGCUACUACAAGCGGAGCCGGGGGUCCAAGCGAGAUGCAGUUUGAUGGUGCUAAACCUGGAGAUCGCGAAUCCCACAUUGACUCAGACGAAGACAACCGUGACCUCUUCCCAUCAUCCUCUAUGGCGUCUGUCAGUAACUCUUACUCCGAGGAGGAUGGAGGAGCAUCCCGAGGCAGUGCAGGUCAUGUCUCCUCCACAGCCACCGCUUCUACUAAAAGACCCUCAUCGUUCCCUGGCGUGGAGCCAGACAGUUCCCGUGAGCAGCUAGCGCACAACGCUAACCUUAGCGUGCAGGAGCAGCAUGCCACUAAUGCUCUUCUGUCCACAGUCUCGCGCUCCCUGGAGCUUCUUGCAGAGUCCAUGCAUCAGCUCACGGAGACCCAGCAGGAGUUUGCGCGUGAAUCUCUACAGCUACAGAGGGAUACUGUUCGGGUUUUGCAGGAGUUUGCCUCAGGAGCGAUAACAAUACUACAAGAGAAAGUCAACGGCAAACCUGCGUUGUGAUGUAAGAUUUGUUUAUGACAAACAAACGAAGACCAACAAGCUUCACAGAUUGUGACCCGUUGUUGAAACUGCAUAUAGAUGACCAAUAUUGUGUGAUUUGUGUGAAAAGUCCAAAUACUGAGAUUCUGUGCGAGGACAAAAGCGCUUUUGUAAGUUUUCAAAACUAUGAAGACACUCUUUUUACCUACUCCUGGUUUAUUAAUAGAACACGAAAUAGUGUUUUUGUUUAUAGUGGAGUGCACAAAUAUAGUGUGAGCACUCCAAAAUUGUUAGUUGAAUCUGUUCAAAGGGAUUUUGGUGGUGAUAUGGUCUUCCUAAGCAUAAUACCUUUUUUCCCUCCUUAUUCACAAUGUUCUCACAUAGUAAGCAUUAAGAGUUAACAAAAUUUAGACUCAGAGGGCCAAUUUAAAACAAAUUGUAUAUUUAGGAGUGACAUUGACAUUGUAAUUGUGGCUAAUUUAAUCAUCUGAAUGCUGCUUGAAGAAGUGUUUUUUUCCUCGAUCACAUAUUUAUGUUUAUUACCAGCCUUUGAUUGACACUUCAGUGAAAUCAUGUGAUUUUAAUAAAGGGGCAGUUCACCCUAAAAUAAAAAUUACCGCACCGUUUACUCACAAUCAGGGUCGCCUGGUGAUUUCCAAAAAUCUACUUAUUAUUAUUAGGCCAUAAGAAUUACCAUAUUUUAUCCAUAACCAACUGAAGAGAAAAAGACAGUCAUUUAUAGUUACUAUAGUAGCUUAUUUACUUGUUCUAUUGGAUUGCGACCCCUGGGGUAAAUACAUUAUAUUAAAGACAGCAAUAGCGUCAGAUGCAGCAGAUUGAUUUUAUAACACCAGGUUAAACUUUCUGGCCCAUUUACAGCACUGACUUAAAUAAAAAAAAUUAAACAAAGAAUAGACUUUGGUCUAUUGGUGUGUGUGUGUGUGCGCGCCAUUACAUGCAAGUUUUCUGUAUUUAUAACCACCUCAGAGGAUAUUGGGGGUCGCGAGUCACUGGCAUUGUAAUUUUAGGGGUCGUGUGCUGAAAAGUUUGGGAACCCCUGAUCUAAACUACACAGUGUAAAAACGGUUUGAGGCAUGCAAAUUAAAUCUAUCAUAUUUUAUCUAAAAGGACAUUUUUUCCUUAGAAACUUUUCUGUUUUGCUUUGAACAUGAAGUGGGGCAAAUGGACAUCUCCAGGAACUAAAUCUGACUGUUGAAACGGUCAAUGCCGUCUUUUAGUCGCUAGAGGGCAGUGUGUGUGUGUUUUCAUUUACUCAAUAACUGUAGUGCUCAAACGAUUAUUUUACUGCAUGGGUUUCUUCAAAAUCAUCGUCGUUUUUCCCCUAGCACUAUGAGAUUCAUGUGUGUGAGAGGAUGUUGUCUUCUGAAUUAAAUUGGCUCCUUACCUGAGCUAGAUAAUUCAAUAAAUUAUAUUCAAACAUU